AUGAAGCGUGUUAUGGCUUCGGCUUGGAAGCCUCUGAUGGGUAUUGAGAUAACGGAUGUGCAGCCCAAUUUGUUCUUGUUCACCUUCUUUGAUGAACCGGACAUGAAACGAGUUAUGGAUGAGGGACCUUGGGCGUUUGAGAAUGCGACGCUGCUAUGCCAAGUCCUAAACGAUGGUGAAGAUCCACUACAGGUUAGUCUAAACACUGUGGACUUAUGGGUACAGGUUUCGGACAUCCCCCAGGGAUACCGUACAGUUAAAGUGUUGGAAAGAAUUGGAGACUAUGUUGGGGUUUUCUUGCGGUAUGAUGAACAAAAUUUUGAGAGACAAUGGACUUCCUUCUAUAGAGUUAGAGUCACCCAUGAUGUCUCAAACCCCUUAAAGCGGCGGAUGAAGAUGAUUCUGAGAGAUGGGUCCUGGACAUGGAUUAACUUUAAAUAUGAACGCCUCCACAUGUUUUGCUUUUUUUGUGGAAGAAUGGGCCAUACGGAUAAAUUUUGCUUGCAAGCUCGCCGUUCGUUGUUGAGGCCGGAACAGUAUCCGUUUGGUGUGUCGAUGAGGGCGGGGGGUACGAGUCCGGCAAAGGUGUUGGGGGAAAAAUGGUUUCAACUAGGCCAAGAGAGGAAGCGUGAGAUUGGCUAUGGGAGUGAGGGAGGGAGAAUGGCGGUGGGAGUUGGGGUGGGAAGAAGUGGGCAGUCUCGGGUGGAGGUGACUAAGUCUAUGGCUGGGGUGGGUUGGGAUUUGGGGGUGUGUAUGGGGUGGGUGGUGAGGGGUGGGGGUUCGGGUAGAUCCGAAAAGAUGGAGGACGGACAUCGGGGAGGUCCGCCGGUCCCAAUGAGUACCUUAAGUUGGAACUGUCAUGGCUUGGGUAAUCCACAGACAGUUCGCAAGAUUGAGGACAUGGUGUCCUCUAAGAAACCCGACUUUGUAUUUCUCAUAAAAACCAAGGUUGACCGUGAUCAUGCGGAGCGUCUUCGGGUUAAACUUGGUUUUGAUGGACUUUUUUGUAUUGACAGUUCUAGUUUGAGUGGUGGAUUGGCUCUGUUGUGGAGAGCGAAUAAUACAGCGAGAUUGAUUAGUUAUUCCACAAACUAUGUGGAUGUUGAGGUGACUAUGCCGGGGUUUGAAAAGUGGAGAAUGACUGGCUUUUAUGGCUUUUCACAGAGGGGUCAAAGGAGAGACUCGUGGGAUCUUAUUCGUACCUUAGCUGGCAGAUCGAAUCUACCGUGGGUGAUGAUUGGAGACUUUAAUGAUUUACUUUAUCAAUCUGAGAAGCGAGGUGGAAACCCUCAUCCUCUGAGUUUAUUGCAUGGGUUCGGUGAGACUAUAGAGGAGUGUGGAUUAGCGCAGAUGCCAAUGAUGGGAUAUCCGUUUACCUGGGAAAAAGGAAAAGGCACACCGAAUUGGAUAGAGGAAAGAUUAGACAAGGUUUUGACUAGCCAGAGUUGGCGUGAGAACGUGCCGGAUGCUAGUGUGCAAAAUAUAUUAACCCGAAAGUCCGAUCAUUCUGCUCUUUUCCUUGGGAUUCUGAAUCUUCGGGAAAGGACGGGUGGUCUGAGAAGAGGGUUUCGUUUUGAGAUGGCAUGGCUGCACGAUGAAGGAUGUAGGGAUGUGGUGCAGAAGGCAUGGAAUGAGGGCGCAGGAAGGGGGUUGCAGGAAUCUGAGUUCCAAUGUUUAGAGGAGUGUCUAUGUCGUAUUGAGGCCCAGGAGGAUACAUACUGGAGGCAGAGAGCCAAGCAGCAUUGGCUUAAGAACGCGGAUGCUAACACGAAAUACUACCACAGUGGGGAUUGGGUGGAAGAUGAAGCCAUGAGGAAUGUUAUCUACAACUAUUAUAAGACUAUCUUUACCUCCGACUCUCCAAGUGAUAGUGGGGAAUUCUUUGGAAAUAUAGCCUCUCGGGUAACACAAGUACAGAAUGAGUUGCUCUUGCGGCCCUUUGAUGCUACUCGCCUAAAUGAUACAAAUAUAAUAUUAAUCCCUAAGAAGAAAACCCCUAAGAAGGUCUCGGAUUAUAGACCGAUAGCACUGAGUAAUGUGGUCUACAAGAUUAUGGCUAAGGUUAUAACUGCCAGGAUGAAACCGCUUAUGGGGGAUAUUAUAUCUGACACCCAAAGUGCUUUUAUUUCUGACAAGCUAAUAACAGAUAAUAUUUUGAUUGCUGCUGAGAUUGGACAUUUUUUGAACAGAAAGCAAUGUGGAAUCACAGGAUGGGGGGCUUUGAAACUGGAUAUGGCAAAAGCCUAUGACCGAAUGGAGUGGCCCUUCUUGCGGAGUAUGAUGUUAGCAUUGGGCUUUGAUGAAAGGUGGGUGGAUUUGAUAAUGCUGUGUGUGACCUCAGUUUCAUAUAGUAUUCAGGUUGGUAGAACACGAAGUGACCAGAUCAUGCCGACUCGUGGAUUGAGGCAUGGUUAUCCACUGUCACCUUAUCUCUUUAUUAUUUGUGCUGAGGGACUUUCAUUGCUACUACAGCAGGCACAGUUGAGAGGAGAUCUACAUGGGUGCAGAGUAGCUAGGGGAGCCCCCCCUAUAUCCCACUUAUUUUUUGCAGAUGACAGCUUACUCUUUUUUAGAGCAACUGCGCAGGAAGCCAGUGUGGUAAAACAGUGUUUAUCGGUGUAUGAGGAAAUGUCUGGGCAAGCAGUGAAUUACUAUAAGUCAAGUAUUUGCUAUAGUAAGAAUACGCGGGAUGAACACAGAGAGGAGAUUGCCAGUAUUUUGGGAGUGGUUCAGGCUCCGAAUUUUGGGAAGUAUUUAAGACUUCCAUCAUGUGUGGGCAGGAAUAGGAGAUCAGUUUUCUCAUAUAUUGAUGAUAAGAUUAGACAGCGGAUUGGGUCCUGGAAUAAGAAAUUGCUUUCACAGGCAGGUAAGGAGGUCUUAUUGAAAAGUGUGGCACAGUCUAUGCCCACUUUUUCUAUGAGUGUCUUUUUACUACCUAUGAAUACUUGCACAGCCAUUGAGAGAGCUAUGAAUCGCUACUGGUGGAGAUCUAAGGAUGAUCAGGGCAUCCAUUGGAAGGCAUGGGAUAAAUUGUGCAUCCCUAAGAAAUAUGGGGGAUUGGACUUUAAGGAGUUGCAUGCCUUUAAUUUAGCAAUGCUGGGGAAGCAGGCCUGGCGUUUACUCACCAAACCUGAAUCAUUGGUUUCCAGAAUAUAUAAAGCCAGGUACUAUCCUAAAUGGACAUUCUUUGAUGCUUGUAUAGGGAAUAAUCCAAGUUACUGCUGGCGUAGUAUUAUGGCUGCACAGGAAUUAAUUUGUGGGGGAGUCAGACGCAGGAUUGGAAAUGGGAAGGGAACUCUUAUAUGGGAUCACCCAUGGCUUCAGGAUGAAAAUAAUGCGAAAAUAAUCACUGACAAACCACCAUACUUGGCGCAGGCAACUGUAAUGGGAUUAAUAGAUCAGGAAGCGGCGGCCUGGGAUCAUGAUAUUUUAACUGAUAUUUUCAUCCCGGAGGAUGUGACACGAAUAUUGAAAAUACCUGUGUCACCAGAGUAUGAGCAUAUGUGGUAUUGGCAUGGUGAUAUAACAGGAGAAUACUCGGUAAAAAGCGGUUACAAGCAAAUAGUGGGAAAUUAUGAACAGACGACAGGGAUGUUUGAUAAAUGGCCCAAAUUAUGGAAGCUCAAAGUACCCCCGAGAUGGAAAACAUUUUUAUGGAGAGCCUUGAAUAAUAUAUUGCCCACAACAACGAACCUCAUUAUAAAGAGAGUGGAGAUUAGCCCAACAUGUGCUAUGUGUGGGAUUAUGCAUGAGAAUGUUAUGCACUCUUUGGUUAGAUGUGAUUAUACAAGGAACAUUUGGGCACAAUCUCACCUUCCAAUCCCCAAUACUAUCACAGAUAUUUUCCAUGCUUGGUUUAAUGGGAUAUUAAAUAUUCUAGAUGAUGAUGGAAUUAUUUAUGUAGUAGGCCUACUAUACUAUAUAUGGCGAGCGAGGAAUGAAGCUGUGUGGGAUGCAUACUUGCCCAGACCACAAAAGAUAAUUGCAACUGUAACCGCAGCGAUCCGGGCAUGGCAAAUUGCACACCCGGACCACCCGCAACAGCAACACGCCCCGCGUGGAUUGCCUACGGCAACAUCCGAGCAGCGCCAAGGAGUGGCACAACAGCCUGCCGCCGUCCCGCCCACAAGCCACACAGCUGCCUCCCCACGGAAUAAAUGUUACUUUGAUGCAGCCUUUUUCCAUGCCACAAAUAAGACCGCUGUUGGGGCAAUUCUCCUAGACGAACAGGGAUCGUAUAUCAAAGCUCUACAGGUGCCAUUGAUAGACUGCUUCUCCCCGCUUAUGGCAGAAGCAAUUUCAUGUAAAGAAGUGUUAUCCUGGCUAUGGGAUCGUGGAGAGAGAUCGGUAGACAUACUAACGGAUUGUUUGUUACUACAACAGUAUUUAUCACAAGCGAAGGAUACACCACGUUCAGACCUCGGCUAUGCCAUUGACACCUGCAGAAACCGGAUGGUUUCCUUUGAUUAUGUUUCAGUUAAUUAUGUUCCUAGAUCGGAUAAUUGUUUAGCACAUAUUUUAGCCACUUCGGCCUUUAUUUAUUCAGCACCUAUGUACUCGGACAAUGGUCCGUCAGACUCUAUUUCAGCAUAUUUCCAAUAA